GCUCCUCCCCUCACCUGGAGGCAGGGCGGUCGGCUGAUUUAACCGAGGUGGGGCUAAAGCACUGUCCGCUCCGCUCCUCGCCGCGGUCAUGGACCAGCCCCGCGCUGCCGCCCGCCUGCGCAUCCUGCUGGGCCAGCUCGGCCGCUGCUCGGCCGGGGCCGUCAUAGCUCACCCCAUUUCAGAGUCUGUUUCUCCUGCCGGUUUCCAUCCUCAACAAUUCCAGUAUACGCAAGAUAAUAGUGUUCUAACCCUACAACAGAGAAAAUUUUAUGAAGAAAAUGGGUUUCUUGUAAUCAAAAAGCUGGUAUCUGAUGCUGAUAUUGAACGCUUUAGGAAUGAGUUUGAAAGAAUCUGCAGAAAGGAGGUGAAACCAAUGGGAUUAAUGGUAAUGAGAGAUGUGACCAUUGCAAAAUCAGAGUAUGUUCCAAGUGAAAAGAUGAUUACGAAGGUCCAAGAUUUCCAAGAAGAUGAGGAGCUCUUCAGAUACUGCACUCUCCCUGAGAUUCUGAAAUAUGUGGAGUGCUUCACUGGACCCAAUAUUAUGGCCAUGCAUACCAUGCUGAUAAACAAACCUCCAGAUUCAGGCAAGAAGACAUCCCGUCAUCCCUUGCACCAGGAUCUGCACUAUUUCCCCUUCAGGCCCAGCAAUAACAUUGUUUGUGCUUGGACAGCCAUGGAGCACAUCGACCGGAACAAUGGCUGUCUGGUUGUACUUCCAGGCACACACAAAGGAUCCCUGAAGCCGCACGAUUAUCCCCAGUGGCAGGGGGGCAUUAACAUAAUGUUUCAUGGAAUCCAGGACUAUGAUGAAAACAACACCCGAGUGCACCUUGUGAUGGAGAAGGGAGAUACCGUGUUCUUUCAUCCUUUGCUCAUCCAUGGAUCUGGUCGGAACAAAACUCAAGGAUUCCGGAAGGCAAUUUCCUGUCAUUUCGCCAGUGCCAAUUGCCACUACAUUGAUGUGAAGGGCACCAGUCAAGAAAACAUUGAGAAGGAAGUUGUCCGGUUUGCAAAUGAAUUGUUUAAAGUUAAACAAGACAUCAACCUGAAGGAUGUUUGGAGAUUUCGAGCUCGACUUGUGAAAGGAGAAAGAAUCAACCUUUGAAAGAGCCCUUUGCUAUAAUUCCUUUAAAGAAAAUCAAAAUGAAACCAGCUAUCUAAGGAAAAUGCUUUCUUAAUGCAAUGAUGCAGUCUUUUCUAUCAUUGUUCAUAAAAUCAGAAUGUGUAUGUCAUGUGCUCAGCUGCAUGUGUGUGAUUCUGCCGGGCAGUGGUGUUGCUUUAUGGAUGUCAGAACAGUAAAAGUGAAACAUUGCCGUGUUAAGGAAAAGUAGCUUAGACUUACAUCUAAUAAAGGUGAUUGAUGCAUAA